AUGGCACGAUGGCUCCCCGCCGCAGUCCGAAUCCGUGUCCGUGUCGGGUCUUCCGCACCACACCAGCGGCCGAGAUGGUACAGCUCGGCCCCGGAGGCCGAAAGGGUGAUUGUACCGUGCGCGUCGUCCGGCAGCAUCUCGGUUGAUCUCCACGGGGUCCAGAACCAUCCGUCUACAAGCCCUCUUCUCAUCUGCCUCCCGCCCUUCUCACCCCUCGGCAACGAUGUGGUCCCACCGUUGCCUGCCUUUACAAGACGCUACCCUACCGCCGUCAUCAACUACAGAUGGCCGGAUACCGUCCUCUCCUCCACAGCCUCCUCCCCUUCAUCCCGCGUCAGCGGCGAGGAUGAAGAAGAACCGGACUUCACCACACCUCUCCACUGGCCGACCCCGAUCCACGACGUCCUCUUCGGCUACGAAUGGAUCACCGCCAACCUCGCCCCGCCUGAGCGCUCUCGGAGGGACAUCUACGUGUACGGCUCCUACCUCGGCGCGGGCCUCGCCGCUUCCCUCGCCCUGACCGAGUCCCACUCCCACCAGCGCAUGGCGGUCCGCGGGCUCGCCGCCUACAACGGCAUCUACAACUGGACCACCUUCCUGCCGGACCACCCCAUCAACUCCUCCAAGAACCUCUCAUCCCCUGGUAUCACCACCACCACCUCCUCCCCCUCAGUCGAGGGCGCAGACGGCUCCGCCUUCCACUACCUCCGCAGCCAGAUCCCCGCGCUCUUCAAUUGCCCCUCCAACCUGUUCGACCCCUUCGCCAGCCCCUGCCUCUUCUUCCACACCUCGGGCAUGUGGGUCCCGCCCAACUUCGGCACCGCCUCGGCGUCGACCCUGCCGCAGUCCCUCCUCGACGCCAUCGACGCGCUGUCCCUCGACCCCCUCCGCGACGACGGCGUCAGCGCCAAGGCGGCGGAGGAAGAAGAGGUCCUGGCGCUCAGGCCCCCGCGCAAGGGCUACCUCGCCUUCCCGCCGCGGCAGUCCACCCUCAAGAUCCCCGAGGCCCUGUUUCUGCACCAGACGGCGCCACAGCCCGCGCCGGCGGCGAGGCGGAGGAGACGCGCGGCGACGGCGAGCAACGCUAGUACGAAGCGGAGGAGGAAGGCCGGCGAGAACAACUUUGGUACCCAGGCCGGCGCCCUGGCGGACCUGAUGCGGCGCAGCGUGGACAAGCUCGAGCUCAAGGAGCGGCUGAAGUGGGAUGAGGAGUUUGACGGGUGGGAGGGGGAGGCGGAGAGGCGGGUGCGUGUCGUCGACGCUGGCGAUGGGGACGGUGCUGGUGGUGGAUUUGGGCUGGCUCCGGGCGCGGACGAGGCCAUUGCGCGGUGGUUGGAGGAGAGGAUGGACAGCUGA